UACCGCAGGGAUAGUUGGGUCUCUCAUCUUGUGUGUUGGCUAUGUUAUGAAGCAAAUUUUAAAGUAAACAUGAUUCUACAAUCGCUCAGGCCAUCGGUGUCUUUGUUUUGGAGCAGGAGCGUGCAAACAGCCGUCGCGAGACUCUACCAUGCGGAUAAAGUGGCAACGUUAGGCUCGCAACCAGAUUCACAAUCGUCCGUAUAUCAGGAAAACUAUGAGCGAAUGCAGGCACUAGUCAAGGAGUUGAAGGACAGAGCAGACAAGAUCAAACUCGGAGGAGGAGAGAAAGCACGCAAAUUGCACACAUCCAGAGGAAAGCUCCUACCGCGGGAACGGAUUGACAGACUCCUGGACCCAGGCUCUCCCUUUCUGGAGUUCUCCCAGUUUGCUGCAUAUCAGUUAUAUGGUAAAGAGGAGGUGCCAGCGGGAGGUAUCAUCACUGGCAUUGGCAGAGUCUCAGGGGUGGAGUGUGUCAUAGUUGCAAAUGAUGCCACUGUCAAAGGAGGAACAUAUUACCCAGUAACAGUAAAGAAACACCUUCGCGCACAGGAAAUUGCCCAACAAAAUCACCUGCCGUGCAUAUACCUGGUGGACUCUGGAGGGGCCAAUUUACCCAGGCAGGCUGAUGUGUUCCCUGAUAGGGAUCACUUUGGACGCAUCUUCUAUAACCAGGCACGCCUGUCCUCUGAGGGCAUAGCACAGAUUGCAGUUGUAAUGGGCUCCUGUACAGCAGGGGGCGCCUACGUGCCGGCCAUGGCAGAUGAAAGCAUCAUUGUGCGCAAACAAGGGACCAUUUUUCUGGGAGGACCACCACUGGUGAAAGCUGCGACAGGUGAGGAGGUGUCGGCUGAAGACCUUGGAGGGGCUGACCUUCACUGCAGGAAGUCAGGGGUAACAGACCACUAUGCAUUAGAUGACAGCCACUCUCUCCAUUUGGCCAGGAAAGCUGUGCGCAGCCUAAACUACAGAAAGAAAGUGGAUGUCACCGUGGAGCCCCCAGAGGCCCCCCUGUUUCCAGCUGAUGAGUUGUAUGGCAUUGUGGGAGAGAACCUCAAACGCAACUUUGACAUCAGAGAGGUCAUUGCCCGAAUUGUUGAUGGGAGUAAAUUUGAUGAAUUCAAGGCCUUUUAUGGAGACACACUUGUCACAGGUUUCUCACGGAUAUUUGGUUAUCCUGUCGGAAUCAUUGGUAACAAUGGGGUCUUGUUCUCGGAGUCGGCGAAGAAGGGGACUCAUUUCAUUGAGCUGUGCUGUCAGAGAAACAUUCCACUAAUCUUUCUCCAAAAUAUAACAGGGUUUAUGGUAGGGAGAGAGUAUGAGGCCGGCGGUAUCGCCAAGGAUGGUGCCAAGAUGGUCACGGCAGUGGCCUGUGCCAACGUGCCCAAGAUAACUGUGAUCAUCGGAGGCUCGUACGGGGCGGGCAACUACGGCAUGUGUGGCAGAGCGUACAGCCCAAGGUUCCUGUACAUGUGGCCAAACUCUCGUAUCUCAGUAAUGGGAGGAGAGCAGGCUGCCACUGUGCUGGCCACCAUCACUAAAGACCAGAGAGCUCGCGAGGGCAAAGAGUUCACAGCAGAGCAGGAGGCUGCCAUGAAGGAACCCAUCAUUAAACGGUUUGAGGAAGAGGGAAGUCCUUACUAUUCAAGUGCCAGGCUGUGGGACGACGGGAUCAUUGACCCUGCUGACACACGUCUGGUACUGGGCCUGAGUCUCAGUGCUGCUCUCAACGCCCCCACACAGAAGACUCGCUUUGGUGUCUUCAGGAUGUGAGGAUGUCACCACCUGUGCUGCCUUUACUUAGAUUUAGACAUCUGAGGUGGAAUGUGUGUGUGGUUUUUUUUCUUGUUUGUUUGUUUUGUUUUCUUUUGAGAAAGGAACUUCAUAAACCAUGGUCAGGUGCUUAGUACUUUUUCCAUUAACAAUAAAAGGACCUUGUGA